AUGGAUACAUCGGGCGAUCUCUAUGAGCAACAAGAAAACGAGUUUCAAGUAUCGCCAGAUUUUAGACGUCCCUUGUUGGACACACCCACCUCAUGGCGAGAUCAGCCUACGCACGUGAGAAACAUCCCGUCUGCCACACCGUGGCCACUUCCAGCUCUCGCUCUAUCUGAGGCGGAACAAAGCAGUACUUGUCAGGAUCGAGGUGACAGUGGACAUCUGGAAAACACGAUACAACUCCUCGCGACAGAGACCACAAUACAGCCUCGUCCUGACUUACUUGCGGAAGUCGGUUCUGGGAUGCGCAACAGUGAUUCCAGACAGGACCUGGCCGAUAGUGAAGAUGACAGUUCAACCAAUUCAUUGCAAGGCAUCCAAGAUGCCUUGCAUGCCGCGACCUUGGACCACCCUAGCAAUAACGGCACGAGGUUUAUCCCAAUCGACGAUUUUGACAGAUUGAUGACGCGGGAGAACGUAAGAGAGUCGUGCAAAUCUCUAACGGUCGAAGGUUCGCUCGAAACGUUGGUUGCCGACAUAUGGGAUCCACACUCUUACAAUAACAUCCAUGGCCAACGACUAUCGACCUCUCGCAGGAAGCUAUUUGCCAUCCUAAUCGCCCUUGGCAAAGCUCAGAAGAUCAAGUCAUUCAUCAAAUGUGCUAUUUGGGACAAAGAUUUACCGGUUCAACAGAACAAAUAUGGCGGGCAAUGGGUGUGCCACCAGGACGGCAACGACAAAGGAGACUUGAUAUACCUUGACUUCAUGAAAAAGUGGCGCCUCCCUGAGCAGAGAUGGUUUGAUACCUAUCAGUGGUGGAUGCUCUCUCCAAUCUUUGACGGGUCGAAUGGAAAGGUGCUCUUUUACCCUCUCCAUAACCAGAUUGUGCUGCCGUUCAUCCAGGAAGAAGAAAACGAGUACGAUUUUCAGAAUGGCGGAUUUGGAGAAGUAAGACGAGUAAAAAUCCACCCUGCUCAUCACAAUUUGUCAUCGUCAUCAGCGAGAGACCAAAGAUUGACUACAUCCACCAUUAACAUGGAAUUUGAAACAGCCAAGAAUCCAUCUUUUGCAAUCAAGCGUCUUUUCUCGAGUUCGAACUCAAAGAGUACCUUCAAACGUGAAGUUGAGGCUUUGAAGCGAUUCAGUUCUGGGGAGUGCAAAUUUUUGAUCAAACUACUCGCAACUUACGAGCACGGCGGUUACUACCAUUUGGUAUUCCCUUGGGCAGACGGAAAUCUACAAGAGCUUUGGCAGAGAAAUCCAAACCCAGAGCACUCUUACAAUAGCAUAAGAUGGCUCGCUACGCAGUGCUGGGGGGUUGCAGAAGCAUUGAGAAGAAUUCAUGAUAAUCUCUUCGACGAAGGGGCCAACUCCGGCCAAUCAGCAACAAGAGGGCGGCACGGGGAUAUCAAACCAGAGAACAUUCUCUACUUUGUGGAUUCCGCAGCGACUGACCACGACCUCACGCAAAUUCAACUAAAGAUUUCUGAUUUUGGGCUUGCCCGCUGGCAUACCGAAAAAUCGAACCAGCCUAUCUAUGAGAAUGGCACACAACGAGAUGCGACUUACCGAGCGCCUGAGCAUGAUCUUACCAAGUCAAUCUCUCAGCCCGCUGAUAUCUGGCCGCUGGCCUGCCUGUUCUUUGAAUUUUUGACUUGGUACUUGCGAGGAUGGGAGGGUGUCGAGAAGCAAACAGACGCAAGGGUGGAUGAAAGCAAUGCUCUUUUUGUUAAGGAAGACAAUUACUUCAAUAACAAGCAGGCUAACGGUGAAUCCAAACUUGGAGUCAUACUGAAAGAAUGCGUUGUUAAGUGGUUCGAUGAGCUGCACCACGAUCUGCGAUGUACUCAAUUUAUUGCCGAUUUCCUCGAGCUCAUCUCCGAUCGGAUGAUGCGCAUAAGAAUAGAGUCACGAGCUGAGUGUACAGAGAUUGUGCAAGCGCUAGAAGGCAUGAAAGACAAUGCGAACGCGAAGAAGUACGGACUCAGAUCGCCAGAAUAA